ACUGUCGCCGCCGCGCCCAAGAAGCGUCGCCGUCGCGCGCCCACCACCGGCGCCACAGAGGACUGUUUUGCCUGUCGCAAGCGCCAGGUCAAAUGUGAUCGAAGACGUCCCUACUGCACCCAGUGCAUAGACAUGGGCAAAGAAUGCACCGGUUAUCGCACCACCCUCACCUGGGGCGUUGGCGUUGCCAGUCGAGGCAAGCUGCGCGGCCAGUCGUUGCCCGUGCCCAAAUCGCCCUCGUCGCCCAACUCGACCACGACGAGAGAAAAGGCCAAGAGCCCCACUUCCAAUCCCGCAACCACCACCGAAAACAAGUCGCCCUCGCCCGUCCGCAGCCCUACCGUCCAAGAUUACCACCGUGCAAUCGAUCAGACGACGAGCUGGCACUUGCCUGCUUUCGAGACAUACGCCUCCUCCGCCCGCAGCUGCCGCCCGCCAGUGAGCAAUCGCCAUCUCCAGCGCCUGCACACCUCCUUGGCUGGCUCCUACGAUGAAGCAGGCCUGUCGGCGACAAGCGGGCCGCUGAGCUCCUACAGCGAUGGUGCCCUGAGCGAAUAUCCCUCUCCCACCGAUUUCCCUGGCACGCCCGACGACUACAGCCUUGCCGACUCUGUCAUGCACCCUUACAAUGAGCACUACCUCCACCCACGCACGCCCAUGAGCUCGACAGAGUCACUUACUUAUCAUGACGCGCCGCGUUCCUAUCCGCUCAUGUGCGAGGAUCUCAGCUCGAGCAUAAGCUCGGAUCAGAGCCUGCAGGAUUUGUCUGAUUCUUCAUACAGCCAUUCUGGCUAUCAAGAUAUGUUCUACCCUCCCGGAUUGGCUACAACUGGGCCUAACUAUGUGCACAUUCCAGGCUACUCCUACAGCCGUGGCAAGCAAAUUCCUAUGGAACCACCCCGGGAGAACGAUGGCACAUGUACUGAGGUCACCUCUGCCCUCUAUGACUCCAUCCCGAGGUCCAUUCUGCAAUCUCCUUCCGUUCAGAUUCCCCCGCGUAUACGUUUCCUUCUGGAUUAUUAUGACAAAACUAUUUGCCCUGUUCUCGUUGCGUUCGAUGGUCCCUCAAAUCCAUAUCGAAUGCAUGUCUUGCACUUGGCCAUGACAAGUAAAGGGCUGCAAAAUGCCAUUGCAGCUCUUGCCGUCAACAACAUUCGCAUGCGACAAGGCACCGAAGCCAAACUGUCCAGCCUCGACAAAGGUCGCCGUAUCAGCAAUUCAGCCGUGCUGCCGGACUGGGUUUGCUCUCGCUUCACGACGGAGGAAAUUCGAGAAAUGCACGGUGAACCCACCGCGGAAGAGCUCCAGUAUAAGGCAACAUCCAUUGAACUUCUCAAUCAGCAGCUUGCGGACCCAUCUCAAGCGAAAGACGACUCUGCUUUGGCAACUGUCCUUGUGCUUUGUCUGUUUCACGUUUGCGACAGUGGGUUCUCCAAGUUUAGAACUCAACUUGCUGGUGUACGGAAAUUGCUUAGCAUGCGGGAUCGCGGUGUGCAAUCAAGCUUCAUUGGCUGGGUCGAGAUGUUUUUCACUUGGUUCGACGUCAUGACUUCCACAGUCAAUGAUCGCGAAGCUCAAAUCAAGAGUGAUUCUUUCGAUAUUCUGGACUUUACUGCCGACCUUGGGGCCCUUGAGCAUUUAGCAGGUUGCGAGGGUCGGCUCUUCAAGCUCAUUGCGCGUUUGGGUCGACUGAAUCUGUUAAGUCAGAAUCGUCCUGUCAGAGCAAAACCGGAGAACACGCCACGUCCCUCCACCUCAAACGAGCAUUGCAGCGACUAUUACAGCACCAGCUAUGAUCGACUGGAUGGUAAUGGAUGGGGUACACCGUUUGGAGAAGUAACACAAAACCCUCUCGACCUUCCCGAUGAUCAACGUCACGAGUUCUGGGCUGAAUGGCAUGAGAUCACGGAACGUCUUAGACAAUGGGAGCUUGAUCCCACGUCCCCACCACCAAUGUGCGACGCAACUGCUUACGCCUUAUCCCCCGGUCAGCGUGACUUGUUGCACAUUAGCGAAUCCUUCAGGUACUCCGCACUGCUCUACACUGAGCGAUUGGCCCACCCAUCGCUUCCUUCAUCGUCCCUCAAUUUCCAAAAUUUGGUCGCACAAGCGCUUUUCCACAUCACACAAAUUGAAAUAACGAGCUGUGUGAACAAGUUUCUACUAUGGCCACUCUUCAUCAUUGGGACAGAGUGCGUAGACAACACACAUCGCGCGCUUGUACGACAGCGAUGCAUUGAAAUUCAGCGUGAAAGUGGAUUUUUCAACAAUCUUAGUGGACUGGAGGUCCUAGAGAAGACGUGGCAGGACGAUGACACUGGACGUGCAGAAGAACUUGAUGACAAGGGUGUCGGAAAGCAGGCAUUCAGAUGGCGAAAGGCUAUGGACCGAGUGGAUGGAGAGUACAUCCUGAUAUGA